AUGCCGCUGGAUCAGGUGAUAUCAGAGCUUGUGCGCAGCAAUUGCCUCAGUGUGGUGUUGGUGAAAUCGUUGGACCUGUUCAAGCCGGGCACAAUCACCAGCGACAAGGAGAAUGAGGAUGUCAUCAAAAAUAUUGAUAUUAGUCCCAGUGCAAUAUUCUGGAUCGAGAAAAACACCCAGCACCGCAUCCUAGUGGGAGAAUACUUCGAUUUUGAGAAUGUUAAUGAGGCCAGAGUACUCAUAGACUGCAUUUUUCUCAACCUGAAGCUGUGCGAAACAAAUUUUGGGCGUCUGAUGAGCCAAACGGUAAGGGUGGAGAUCAAGGGUUUGCGCAUUAACCUGGUCGCCAACAAGCCCUUUUCGCUGCACUGCAGCAACUGUGCCAAAGAACUGAGUCAGAUGCGAGCAUACCGUCUCGUUGCUCCGCUGCCCGGAGUCGCCAUGAGAGUGCCACGGGACUGCUGGGAUAACUUUGAGGUGACGAACUUUGCACACUUCGACCAGAUUUACUACGGCCUCAAUCAGAUUGUGAUGUCUGCCAAUCACAUAAAAUUCGACACUGAAAUGAUCUACUGCCCUAGGCGUCGUCGCGUCUUGUGCCCCGGUUGCUCCAGGGUGUUGGGCACUUUCCUAUCGAAUGCCGUGUGCCUCCAUGCGGAUGCCCUGCGCAUGGGUACUCGUGUGUCCCCUGCAGCUCCACUGGAUUUCAACGAGCUUCUUGGCCACAUCACGCCUACACAGCUGAUGUUGCGACUGUUGAAACAUGUCGACAAAUCACGCCUGUUUCUGAAGACUGUGCGCCCCGAUGGCCAGAUUCAUUACCUUCUCAUGAUGACGGAAUUGAAGAAAUUAACGUUUCUGCGCUCGAAACUAUCGCUUUCUAGUAAGCUCGAUCCGAAACCAGUCAAUUUCCCGGAUGGGGACACCAGUAGCGAGUGCGGAAACAGUACGGAGAGCAGCAGCGACGGCAUAGAGAACGAUGAUAGUAUGAACAGCAGCAGCUCUACCUCCAUUGAUAAAGAUUCACCGAAUCUCUCCAGCUCCACGCCCCGACCACCACGGAAGAUGUUUGGGAAACACGAUGGUCGCGAAACUGAACGCACCGCCUCCACACCGUAUAAGCCCAUUAACUAUGUGUAUCUGACACCUUAUAAUGGCUGCCGUGUUCAAUAUAUCUUCGCCAGCAAUGAUUCAGAGCUACGCGAUAUUCAAAAUACCGUCGACAACUGGCGCGACAAUAAUAUGCGCUCCCUGCGUAUCUCUUACUCGAUGAUGAUCGACCUGGUCAGUGAACUGAAUGCCAACGAACACAUUGAGGCCGCACUGCAGAAUUCGAUGCCGCCCUUCCGCUCCCAACCGCACCGCUGCAGUCACAUAAUAUUCGAGACCGACGAGGAGUUCUAUGCCACACAGCAGCAACUGGAUGAGGUCCGAGUCCAACCCACUCCGGAUGAGAAUUCUGAAGUCAAUGAAAUAAUAGAUUCUGAUUCUAAGUAA